AUGGGCGCUUAUUACUGCAUCGCCAGUAAUGGAAUACCACCAACUGUUAGCCGUCGAUACCACGUCGAAGUGCACUUUAUUCCACAAGUGAAGGUUACUAACCAGCUAGUGGGGGCACCGUUGGGCAGUGACGUCGAACUGCAGUGUUACAUCGAAGCAUCUCCUAAAGCUAUGAAUUCCUGGUAUCGUGAAGAUGGAAAAUCUCUAGUAAGCGAUAAAAUAAUGGAGAACCCGAAGCUGCGCAUAGAGGAGACGAUACUGAAUGAUUAUUCUCGGUGGAUGAACCUCACUAUAAAGUCGCUGUCACUGAACGACUAUGGUACAUACGUUUGCGCUUCGGUAAAUGCGUUAGGGAAGAUGGAGAGCCAAGUCAGUUUACAUAGAUUACAGCUAAGCAUGAAUGGGUUCGGUGCGGAGGAGCCAAUGGUGUCAGGUGCGGCGUGGCAGCGCGCGCGCAAUCUACCCUCAGCGCGCGACCGUCCAGCGGCCUCACACGCACAUCAGUACUUCCUGACGAAACAUUUACCACCACAACUAUACGCACUCCUGUUAACAGCACUCAGAUACGUUAACACAUUCUAA